UAGGGUUAUUGGGCGAGGGUAGGGUAGCAUAAGCUAGAUCGAGGAGGAGAUAAGAGGGCAUGGCGGUCACGACCAAGGGCGCGGCGCUGGAAUCUUGCUCGGUGUGCCUGGAGCAAGUCAGCGAUGUCGGGGAGAGAUCGUUCGCGAAGCUCAAAUGCGGUCACUAUUUCCAUCUAGAUUGUAUCGGCUCGGCCUUCAAUGCCAAGGGAUCUAUGCAAUGCCCGAAUUGCCGGCGCGUCGAGGAGGGGCGGUGGCUCUAUGCUUCUGGAUGCCGCCAGCACGAGGAUUUCGCCUUUGUGGAUCUGCCGUCCAGCGACGAGGAGUAUGAUGUCUACGCAGGCAUGGCGGAUUAUCACGAGCUGCACUUACGCCAUUUCCAAUGGUGUCCAUAUCAGAGCUUUCUCAGCUUGGAGGAAAUCGAUCCUUUAGUAACUGGAUAUUCAGAUCCCAACGUUGUUGUCAACGUUUUGUAUGGAGAGAACCAUCCCGCGGCCCCGACGAACAGCAACACACACCACGUAUGUCCUUUCUUUUCCCCCGCGCAGUCCUACUGGGGGGCGGCAACGCGACAGAUUGUAGAUGAACUGGUUGUAGUGCAAAACCAAGUAGAGCCCCCGAGUGUUGGUGGUGGUGGUGGUGGAGGGGGCUCCAUAGGUGGGACUAUCAGAGGGCCACACUCAUUUCCAGUCCAUGAAAGAACUGGAUGGGCUUCUCAAUCUGGUGGUGCACACAAUCCAGUUGGUAUGAUGAAUGAUGUUGGACUUGCAAGCUUACCUAUUGAGCGUUUCAGGUGGUCUGCUCCUGCAAACCGCAGUGAUGCUGUGCAGCCUGGUUACUCUGGGCAGCUCAGAUCUCCUGAAAACAAUGCAACAUCAUGGCAUCACGUCCCGUGUCCUCACCACGGGCUAGCCUCCACCAAUGUGUCCUCGUCGCCGGCUUAUGCCCAUGGGAACGGGCCGUCGAGAAGAUCAAGACAUUGGGCCCAUGGAACAUCGUCGUCCACAGGCCGAGUUGGAGCUGGAUCGAGAGUGGCUUCUCCGAGAGAGCAGCGAGAGAGCCACCACCGAGAGUGGCAGCGCAGAAGAGAGUCCCCGGGCUAUGAAACUAUGGUGGAUGCGUCGUCACACUGGCGUCCUUGGUUCCAGUCGGGCAGCAGUGGGAGCAACUUCUCAUCGGAGCUCAGAGCGGCGGCAGCGUCUGGAAGCGUUCGAGCGGAUGUUUAUGGUCCGAGUGAUGGUUUCCAGGGGCAGCAUUACUACUACAGCCAGUCGUAUGCUCCUCCAGGGGACGAAGCGCGUCACCAACAGCACCACCACCACCACCACCAUGCACGGUGAAUGAAGAUAUAUAUAACACGGAUAUUAAGUGAUUCUGGUUCAAGUAAAUAAAGUAAAUAAUUUUGGCAAAGAAA